AUGUCAGAAAAUCUCAUUUACGUUGAUUUGAACUUGGCUGAAUCAACCAGGCCCAGGCUACAGAAGGUCACUGAUGCCCAAGGUUCUAUAUAUGCAGAAGUGAAAGUGCAGUCCCUAGACACAAAUGCUGCAGCUAGCUACACAUCACCCGGUAAAAGCUGUUGCUCCAGAACAUGUGUCACUGUAUUGGUUGCUGUGAUAAUCCUCCUACUGGUCUUAGUGGUGUGUCUGAUACUCCUGUACCAUCCAACUGCAAGCAGCCCACCUGACUCAAAAACAUUCUCCACCACCUAUGAAAAGGCACUAGUGACUCUUGGUCUGGUAUUAUCUACAGAGACUGGCAGGGAUCCCUGGUGGUCUGGUGAAAAUUAUAAGCAGGACCGCACAGGCUGCCCCCAACACUGGAAAAAAAAUGGGGAAAAAUGCUACUUCUUUUCUCAAAUGCAGAAAAAAGAUGACUGGAAUGCCUCCCGUAAAGAAUGUACUGACAUGAAUUCAGACCUGGUGAUCAUUGACAACAAGGAAGAACUGGAUUAUCUUAUUUCACAAUCAAAGAAUCAUUACUAUUUACUUGGUCUGAGGUACUCUAACAGUGAGAAGAAGUGGAAGUGGAUUAACAAGGUGGAACAUAGCACAGACAUAUUUCCUAUAGGAGGAGACUUUACUGACUAUUUCUGCACUGUCAUCGGAUAUGGCAAAGUAGAAACUGCACCUUGCAGUGGAUCCUCAACAACACAAACUAUGUGUGAAAAAGCUGCAAAUAUUUCAGAAAGGCAGGAGAGCUAA